GCCCAGCCACACGGCAACCACGAAUUGGCGACGGGAGAGACGAGGCAGAGGGAGAGAGGAGAGAGAGCCCAGUCCAGCACGACAGAACACAUCGUACGCACACACAUUUUACUCCUUCAGAGAACGAGAGAAGGGGAGUGGAGGGAGGAGGGCUUUCUCCGUUUCGUUACAGCAACAGCGUCGGGGCCUGGCUUGUUCCUGCUACUGCUGCUGCUGAAGAGAGUCCCGCCGGGAGCGACCGAGUCGGCGGGAGGAGCCACCGACCGCGGCCACGCGGGGAGCAACUCGCCGCUGACUACGCCACGUGCCACCGCGACAAAGUCCCGGGGACGUCCUCUCUGCGCCGCGCGCCAUGGAGCGCCGCACCACCGCCAAGCAGCUGUACGAGCAACGCAAGAACUAUGCUCGCUCCAGCAACAUCAAGGCCGAAACGGCACAGUACCACGUGGAGCACCUCUCGACCUUUGAGAUGGACCGCAAGGAGGGCCUUGUGAACCUGGAGGACGGCAUCCGCCGCCUGCGCCUGCUGGACUCGACAGGCAAGAUCUGGACGCAGGACAUGCUGCUCCAGGUGGACGAGCGCUCCGUGUCGCUCGUGGACAUUGAGAGCAAGGAGGAGCUGGAGAACUUCACGCUCGUCUCCAUCAUGUCGUGUCAAGCGGUGCUCACGGAGCCCAACUACAGCUCCAUCCUGGCGCUCACGUGCACCGACGUGGGCCAGGCCAGGCCAGACCUGCACCUCUUCCACUGCGUCGAGGUUGGGGCUGAACUGAUCAAGAACGACAUCGACAGCGCCAUCGCCGACAGCAAGGACGGUCGCAAGAACCGGCGGCCCGAGACUCUGAGGUUCAACCAGGAGCGCAUGAGGAUGAGUCCGUCGCCGGCGCCGGGAGCGGCGAGCAUCUACUCGGAGAGCCACUCACCAGCUUCCAACCGCAGCCGCACGCCCAACGACUCGAGCACACUGGACAGAGAUUCGGACCGCUUCAGCGUCUACUCGCAGGAUUCUGAUGAGACUCCGGAGAUGAUGGCCAAGAGGGUGGACAGAGACGUGCAAAUCCUGAACCACCUGCUGGACGACAUUGAGCUGUUCGUGGCGCGCCUGCAGAAGUCUGCGGAGGCCUACGGGGAGCUGAGCAAGCGCAAGAAGGAGAAGAAGGGGAAGCGGAAGGGCGAGGGGGUGCUCACGCUGCGCUCCAAGCCACCACCUCCAGGAGAGUUCCGGGAAAUCCUGCAGAAGUUCAAAUACUGCUUCAAUCUCCUGGCGCGGCUCAAAGGCCACAUCCAGAACCCCGACUCCAUUGAGCUCGUCCACUUCCUGUUCACGCCCCUGGAGAUGGUGGGUGGUGCAGAGCACGGGGGACCCGACCUGGCGCGCCUCAUCACGAGCCCGCUGCUGACGCGCGACUGCAUCGACAUGCUGCACGGCUGCCUCACCGCCAAGGAGAGGGAGCUGUGGAAGUCGUGCGGGGACGCGUGGAACAAGUCCAAGGCGGAGUGGCCCAGGGACCAGCACGUGCCGCCCUACGUGCCGCGCUUCCGCAGCGGCUGGGAGCCGCCGCUGCUGGACGUGCCGGUGCGCGAGCGCGAGCGGGAGCGCGCCCGCGAGCACGUGGCGGAGCUCGCCGACGGCAGGGGGGGGGCGCCCCCCGCCCACCACUACAACGAGCCCCCCUGGAUGCACAGCGAGCCCGACGGUGCGGCCCACCUCCCCACCGCUACGUCGCCUUCGGACAGCCGGACCCCUACCAUCACGGCCUGCUGCGCCGCCCAGGCGACCGGGUUCAACCAGGAGCGCAUGAGGAUGAGUCCGUCGCCGGCGCCGGGAGCGGCGAGCAUCUACUCGGAGAGCCACUCACCAGCUUCCAACCGCAGCCGCACGCCCAACGACUCGAGCACACUGGACAGAGAUUCGGACCGCUUCAGCGUCUACUCGCAGGAUUCUGAUGAGACUCCGGAGAUGAUGGCCAAGAGGGUGGACAGAGAUGUGCAAAUCCUGAACCACCUGCUGGACGAUAUUGAGCUGUUCGUGGCGCGCCUGCAGAAGUCUGCCGAGGCCUACGGGGAGCUGAGCAAGCGCAAGAAGGAGAAGAAGGGGAAGCGGAAGGGCGAGGGGGUGCUCACGCUGCGCUCCAAGCCACCACCUCCAGGAGAGUUCCGGGAAAUCCUGCAGAAGUUCAAAUACUGCUUCAAUCUCCUGGCGCGGCUCAAAGGCCACAUCCAGAACCCCGACUCCAUUGAGCUCGUCCACUUCCUGUUCACGCCCCUGGAGAUGGUGGUGCAGAGCACGGGGGGACCCGACCUGGCGCGCCUCAUCACGAGCCCGCUGCUGACGCGCGACUGCAUCGACAUGCUGCACGGCUGCCUCACCGCCAAGGAGAGGGAGCUGUGGAAGUCGUGCGGGGACGCGUGGAACAAGUCCAAGGCGGAGUGGCCCAGGGACCAGCACGUGCCGCCCUACGUGCCGCGCUUCCGCAGCGGCUGGGAGCCGCCGCUGCUGGACGUGCCGGUGCGCGAGCGCGAGCGGGAGCGCGCCCGCGAGCACGUGGCGGAGCUCGCCGACGGCAGGGGGGGGGCGCCCCCCGCCCACCACUACAACGAGCCCCCCUGGAUGCACAGCGAGCCCGACGGUGCGGCCCACCUCCCCAACAACGGCUACGUCGCCUUCGGACAGCCGGACCCCUACCAUCACGGCCUGCUGCCUCCCGGCGACCGGGGCUUUGACGGCUCUGCCGCCCCCCCGCCGCGCUCCCCGCUGGGCCCCCAGACGGCCAUCGUGCGCUACGACUUCAUGGCGAGGAACAGCAACGAGCUGGCGGUGCGCAAGGACGACCUCGUGGAGGUGAUCGAGAACAGCAAGCAGUGGUGGAAGGUGCGCAGCGUGACGGGGCACGAGGGCUACGUGCCUAACAACAUCCUGGACCUGCUCAAGGGCGGCGGCGACGGCAUCGGCGGCGGCGGCGGCGUUGGCCUGCACGACGAGCCGCUGUACAGCCGAGCCCUGCAGAAACAGCGCACGGACAGUAGCAGCCACUACCCGGGCCCAGCGUCCCCAGGCCUCCCGUUGCCGCCCAACGGCCUCCAGCGGCAGGGCAGCGUGGACUCGGCGAACGCCGCGGGGCCCGAACCGCCACGCGGCAACAACAACAACAACCAGCGAGACCCGGCCUCGCAGCAUGUGCAAGAAGAGCUGCUGAAGCGGCUGACCGGGCAGAACGUGAACAAGCGAAACUUCAUGAUCCCGCGCAGCAAGGGCACCGCCGUGGUGCUGAGCUUCGACUCGUCGCCAGACGACGUCAAGUCGUGGCUCGUGGCCAAGGGAUUCAACAACCUGACCGUGGACAGCCUGGGGGUUCUGACCGGGGCUCAGAUCUUCUCCCUCAACAAGGAGGAGCUGAAGGCCGUUUGUCCGGACGAGGGGGCCAGGGUCUACAGCCAGAUCACUGUGCAGAAGAGUGCCCUCGAGAGCGCGCGUGGAACAUCGGAGCUGGAGGAGAUCAUGAAGAAACGGAAAGAGAAGAUCAGCUCGGUCGACAAGAACGGCAGCGAAAACGUCACAGCCUAGCCCCCCGCUCCCCUCGCUCGCCAAAGGCCCAUCAACACCCCCACCCCUGCCCCCCACAGCCCCCCACUUACUGCCACUUUCACAGCUGUUGCCCAGCUUAUUCUAACGUUCGACACAUCCGGCGAUUAUAUUCCCGUCGUCCCAGAGCGAGAGAGGGGGUGACGCUAGUUUAGGGUCACGGUCAACCAUCGCCUCCGUAGCGCUGCAACAGCGCUGGGGGGAGGGGGGCGGGGGGUUCUUUUUGCGAGCCGGUGGGCGUCAGCGACUCCUCGCCCAACUCCGUGCGGUCACGGAGCGGUCUGGCGCCGGGCGUUUACUCUGCAUUAGCUGAGCUGGGUUUACUCUGCAUUGCCCUCAAGGUGGUAGACGCUUGGCCGCUAAAUGUACGUCCACGUUGAACUUCUUCCGCAUAACAACAACCACUCCUGAAGUAAUUAGAUUUCAACCGAGAUGAUUUUAAAAGUGCAUAGCUGCUCCAGCGGCAUAGUUCCGAAUGUGGUUCGUGAGGAUUGCUGUGCGGAGGUUAACUCGCCCAAUGGGCGGGUUAACUCGGUCGCCGCCGGCGCGCCGUUAACCGGGACGCUCGCCGUGCGAUUAGUGUGGCCGUGCCGGGUGGCGGAGGGGUUCUUGACGCCACGUGUUGUUGUCAGAUCGUUACCCUGGAGGCCCGAACCCAUCUCACCCCACUGCAAUAUCUAUUAUCAAAAUGUAUCUGCGUAAAAGAAUAACCAGACCAAACCUAAAAUAACACGACCGCCACCGGUACGGCAUUGUAAUUGGUUUGUCCCUGCAUCGUGGCGAUUCUUACGGUGAGGAUGGCCGCGAUGGUCGGAGACUCAAACGCGCAGCGCGCUAACCGCUACAACUACCGCUCCCCACAAAGACGCGCACAGACACGCACAGACACGCACAGACACGCACAGACACGCACAGACACGCACAGACACGCACAGACAAACACGUGGACACACACUGCAGCCCGCGUGGCGAGCUGCGCGUUGUACAAGUUGCGCCGUGCGUCGAACUUCUCUGGCGUACCGUGCGCGGCGAGGGCGGCGUGCUCGGCGGAGGUGCGGGCGGUGGGGGGGAAUGAAGACAAACUGAACGCGACACAAAGCAGAGUGGGGGGAAAAAUCCGUGACCAAACGACGCAGACCCAAGCCGCACCGCAACGUAGUUUAACGAGGUGGCGGUGAUGAGAGAGAGGGGGCAUUACGAGCGCGUACCACGGAGUGCGCACAUUUCAGAAUCAACGUGCGUUCAUAUAUAGAGUAUUUGGCUGCUAUACAUUUCCACGUGGUGAUGAUGAUGAUGAGCCACUUCAGGGAGAGAGAGAAAGCACUCGUACUCCAAGUAUUCAGCAACAGGCAUCGUCAGGGUCGUGAUCGAACCCACGACCUCCUGCAGACCAGGCGAGGGAGUUAACAUCUCCUGGCUACCAUCUAGCCGGGCCCGUGGCUUAGGCCUGUCCCCUGUAACGUCAGGACUGAUGGGAGAUAGAAGCAGCAGCAGCAUUAGCGCACCUCCGGUUAGCGCGGUUGGCUACGUACGGUGUGAAAGAAGUUUGUGCGUGCGCGGACUGCACGGUCAGUGUCCUGUGACGAUGAAGUUCAUCGCAGCGACCGAGGUGUCCCAACUCGGUUCCUGCUGCCGCCCGGCGCACACACAGAUGCCACUUCCUUGACUGUCUAAAUUGAACUUUACUCGAAAAAUCUUUUUUUUACAUCUUACCAGGUAAAGGUCCCAGUGAGCUACGUAGCACUCUUUUUUUUAGAAGCUACCUGGCGAGCACAAAUGAUAGCUCAGCCAAGUGGCUCAUCAUCAUCAUCAUCGUUCUGUGGAAUUUUAUAGCAGCAACUGCAACUGCAACACUCCAAAUAUGUGACGUCGAUUCUGAAUGUAGAGGGGAAAACCGGAGGACCCGGAGAAAAAUCCACGCGACCACUGGGAGAAGAAGAGAGAGACACGAAGACUCCAAAUAUACAACAGCAGCAGGCGUCAGGGUGGAGAUCGAACCCACGACCUCCUGCAUACCAGGCGAGGUAGUUAACAUCUAAAAGGCCACCGUGGAACUCGGGGCAGAUGGCCACCCCUCGUUCCACACCUGUGGUGCUGCUGGUGAUGUCUGUGGUGGUGCACAAGGCCGCUGUAAACUGCCGCCACGGGAGGAGAGUCCAGUUCCACAGAUCUCCCUCGACCCGCACGAUCGCCGGAAAAAAAUCUUAUUCAGGGAUGGUGGUACAUCCACGGGUCCAGGAAGGGUUUGGGAUCCCACUGCUUUAGAGAUUUGCAUAGUCUAGAGACACAAUUGUAUGCGCGCGCGUGUCUGUGUGUGUGUAUACUGGAGGAGCGGUGGUGCAGCGGUUAGCGCUACGCUGCACUACGAACCCGGCGGCCCGAGUUAGAUUCCCGCUCACGGCCAACAACUUGGGGAAGACUAUCUGAACCUGUUCCGGGCCUCCCCUAGAUCGACUCAGCCUCCGAGUGCCUGGUGCGGUGUGUAGUAAACAUCGCCACUGGGGGAGACAAAGGCGGCCGGGCGUGGUGCUGGCCACCCACCCCCUCGUGUGCCGUGCCGGCCUUCAUAGGUGCUGCUCACUAACAGCACUUGCCCCAACAGUCCGUUAAGGCUAUACGGGGGUAGGGGGGGGCAGGAAUCUUUGUCUCUACUUUUAUAUAUUUACUGUAUAUAAUAAUUUGGGAGGUGAGUUUACCCAUUGUCGCAGCGAUUGGGGCUUAAGAUCAUUUCCGUAAUUCUAAUAAGCGUUCGUGGGAGUCAGCACUCCGCACGGAUAAUCGUUUGCAUUUUCGCGACGGAUAUAUACAUACAUAUACACAUAUACAUACAUAUACACACAUACAAACAUAUACAUAUAUACAUAGGCAACUCGAUUGACAAAUGACCGCUUUUCUUUCCGUAUAUUAACCAAAAAAUGUUUUAAGUAUUUUUUUCACACAUUCCAUCAGCCGCGUCUGUUCUUCCAGAGAAGUGGCUCGUUUCGACAGCAUCGGCUAUGACUCGGUCAAUCUCUGGAGCGGUUUCGGCAUGCACAGUCUCAUCAGCAGCAGCAGCAAUAGCGUCAGGCUCGCAUAAAACCCAUGCCAGCGAACUGCCCAGACGUUGUUAGCGAGGGAUCGCACAUCCCCUGUAAGAUACAAUGCCGAGUUCGACGAUAAAAACCAGACAGUAUGUAACGCAAUAAUCAGUCGUGUCCGUUGUAGAGAAUAUUAAUAAAUCGGCAGACGAUUUGCCUCUUGUUCCCAUUCCCUGUGGACGGGGAGGUGUGUCACCUGCCCUGCUAUUGUCUGCCGUGAGGGGCCGCCUACGAUGCAUCCACACACACACGCACACCUAAAAGACGCAAUUAGGCGUGAGACUCGUAUAGUUCAAGCAUUGACUGUGGAUGCGCUGAGAUUAAAGGUUUAUGUCGAGGCCUGCGCGUCUGCCAGUGUUGUUAGCCGCCUCCACUCGGCAGCAAGCCCUGGAGACGCCGGCUACGACACACACACUCACGUGUUUUUAAGACGUUAAGCUAUUUUACGUGAACACGAUUCCACGAUAAGCAACACACGUGAUGUGACUCCCUGUAUAUAAUAAUAAUGAUGAUGAUGAUUAUCGAGGUAGACACGUAUCUACCUUGAUGAUGAUGAUUAUCGAGGUAGACACGUGUCGCGUGGCUGGUCACAAGUGUCGUGGACGAGCAAUAAUAAAACGCACGGAUGCACGUUCA